AUGGACGGCUACUCGUCAGCGAGCACGUCGAGGAGGCGCGCUGCACCCGCCUUCCAGCCCUUCCCCCAGGACUGGAACUCAGUCUCCGAAUCGCUCCUCCGCGCCCGCGUCCAGUCGCGCAACCCGUCGCACUCGCACAGGCCAGCAGACACGCACUCGGCCUACUCGCACCACAGCCACGGCGCAGGGACAGACGUGCGGACUGCGACGGGGACGGGGUGGGACUCGGCGAGCGAGUCGGGUCUGUCGGUAUUGUCGGCUUUCCCUCUCGCCGUCGACGAGCGCAAGGCACGGGCGGCGAGGAAGGCAGAGGCGCAGGAACGACGCAGGAGGGACAAGGAGCGCGCGGUGAAGGCGCAGGAGGCGACGGACUCGCCGCUGAGAAGGUGGGCCAGGUGGAUGCUUGAACAGCCGACUCUCGCGCGGUGGGCUGUCCUGCUGUCCUUGGCAGUCGUCGUGCUCGUCAAGUGGUGGACGGGGCUGGGCGGGUAUUCGGGCUUCGCGAAUCCUCCCAUGCGAGGCGACCUCGAAGCGCAACGACACUGGAUUGCCCUCACCUCUUCCUCUCUCUCCUCCCUACGCUCCCUCCACUUGCCUCCGCCUCCUUCCGCCAACCUGUCCAUCCCCGCAUCUCGCUGGUACUUCCACGACUCGCCCUACUGGGGUCUCGACUAUCCACCCUUGACAGCCUACCACUCGCUCUUCCUCGGCAUCAUCGCCCGCCUCACUCCCUCGACGGCUCGCUUCGUCACCCUCCGACCAAUCUCGACCACCGCCUCAAAGGCAGAGUUGCGCGCAUGGGACGCGUUCAUGGCGCGCCUGGAGGAAGAAGGAGACUUGAGGAACUGGAUGAGGGCCACGGUGGUCGUGGGCGAUGUGCUGGUUUGGGUCACGGCGGUCUUGGUGUACUGCAAGCGGAACUUUGGGAAGGCGGAGCGCGAGGUCAAGGCCAAGCGGAAGAUGCUCGUUGCGGCGAUGACUAUCCUCCUCCAGCCGGCCUUGAUCCUUAUCGACAACGGCCACUUCCAGUACAACUCACUCAUGCUCGGCCUGACGCUCUGGGCCAUCAAUUGCUUCCAGUCCGGCCAUGACGUCCUGGGCGCCGUCGCGUUCAUGCUCAGCCUCGGAUUCAAGCAGAUGGCGCUGUAUUAUGCGCCGGCGGUCUUUGCGUAUCUGCUGGGCAAGUGCUUCUGGCUGGGUGGGCGGGAAGGCGUCGCACUCUUCAUCAACCUCGCACUCGCCGUCACAAUCACCUUCCUUGCCCUCUUCGCGCCCUUCCUUACGUCUCUCAGCUCCUUCCUCCAAGCGAUCCACCGCAUCUUCCCCUUCGCCCGCGGCCUUUUCGAGGACAAGGUCGCCAACGCGUGGUGCGCUCUCAACGUCGUCGUCAAGCUCCGCGACCUCGCUCCUGUCUCGACUCUCGCAAAACUCGCCCUCCUCGCGACUGGCCUUGCGGUUCUGCCGAGCGUUGCGGGCGUCGUUGCGGUCAGCUGGCAACUCGGGCAGGCGCGCACGUCCUCUUCGACGACAGUACCGCCGACAGUAAUCCUCCUGCCGCACGCCUUCUUCCUCUCCGCCAUGUCCUUCUUCCUCUUCUCUUUCCAAGUCCACGAGAAGAGCAUCCUCCUCCCGCUCAUGCCGCUCACGCUUCUCAUGGGCGGACGCGAAGUCGGCUACGGCCGGCUGGACUGGGAGUGGGGCGUCCUCGUCAACAACGUCGCCGUGUUCAGCAUGUGGCCGCUUCUCAAGAGGGACGGACUGGCGGUGCAGUACCUCGCCUUGACGGGGGUGUGGAAUUGGGCGGUCGGGUACAACCCGCUUGCGAUGCGGGCCUCGUUCGUCAAGUACCUCAGCCUGCUCACCUACGCCCUGAUCUUCCUUCUCCACGCCGUCGAGUCGCUCGCCUCGCCACCCGCUCACCUCCCGGACCUCUUUCCCGUCCUCAACCUCACCCUCUCAGCAGGUGUCUUCGGGCUUGCGUGGCUGUGGGCGACAAAGCGGUUGACACAAGAGGCUUGGGCGCUUGGAGGGCUCGGGAUGGGUUUUGGUGGAGCGGCUGGGGCGAAGGGAGAGCGGGCGCUGCCGGAGAAGAGGAAUGGACGGUAA